AUGAACAUCGUCGACGAGUACGACCUGGACAUGUACAGGAACAUUGUCAUGUCCAACGACUGCAAGGAGGAAGACAUCCUCUGCAUUUUUAACAUGUGCAGCUUCCUAAACACGUUGUGCUUCAUCAUCUUUUUCGUCAUUUUCCUGUGGGCGCUCUCCAUCAUCUCGAGGUACUACACCUCCUACAGCAUUAUGAAGUACCUGAAGGAUAGGAAGGCCAUCUACAUGCAGAACAUGUCGCGCUACAUCAACGAGAUAAGAAUGCUGUGCAGGAGCCACGUGAACGACAUCAUCCGAAUAAAAAAAAAAAUAACGCCCAAGAGCGUGGAGAAGAUCAGCCUGGACAUAUGCAUAAAUGAUGGCAUCCACCUGGUGAAAAACUACCUCAGCUCCAGCGCAAGUGACCCAGCUGACUUGUAUAAAUACGGAAUCACCUUCACCUUCACCUCCAAAAAUCCCGUGUGUGUAACUCUCUACUGGGGGGUACUCCUCAAUGAAAUAAAUCAAGUGAUACACGAAAAGACGGAGGCGAAGAGGAAGACCACCAACGGAAGGAGCACCGUCAUUUGCAUUGAUAAUUUUAGGACCUUUUUUACGGAGGGGUUUGGCAGAUCGUUACAGUCGAAGCCCCCCUCCGAUGCGAUGACCUACCUGCUAGACAAACACAAGGGUGGUCUCUACUCAGGGGAGGAAGAUGCCGGAGGGGGAGAAAAUCUCUACUAUCAUCAUCAUUCUCAUCACCCGAAUAGGGAUCAUUUGUCCCCGCAGCAGAGCAACUCUUUCAUUAACUUCACCUCCUGCUUGCACAAGACGCCUAGCUCCUUCUUCGCAUGCAGGGAGAAUAUCACCUACACGAUGCCGUGCGAUGAGAGCUUCUGUGUAGCAGAUGUCCUUAGCCAAAUAGAGGAGGAGAGAAAUGGACACCUGGAUGACCUGAAGGAGAAACUGAAGAAGGGCAAAUUCGACCAGCAACACCCACUCGAUGAAAAGGUCUUAAGUAGCCACAUGAGUGAUGAGCAGAUUAGAAUCCCCCUCACCAUUCUUAUAAACGAUGUUCCGUGUGCCGAUUUAACGAACGCUUCUUCCCUCUAUGGAAACUCCCCUGGGGGGUGGAGAAGCGUCACUACGAGUGCUACCCCCUCCAAAGGGGUUGGGAAAAACCGAGGCGGUGGAACCCAUGCGAGCACGCUAGUCGUUCUGGUCGAUUUUAAAAAGAUGAAGGACAAGUACAAGCCAUUCAUCAUCAAAGAUAUCUGUGUGAUUAGCGAAAAUGGAAGCAACGCCGCUGCACAUAGAAGCAAGAAGAAACAGGACGUUUGCCAGUUCGUGGACGUUUUAGAUAUAUAUGGGCAUGAGGAACACGAUAAGGAGUGCCUCAUCUGCAUGACUUCAUAUAAGGACACCUUGUUGAUGCCGUGCAGGCACUCGUCCUUUUGCUACGACUGCAUGAAGUCCCUGCGCCAGGAGAAGUGCCCCAUCUGCAGGUGCCUCUUCACCUCCUUCAUAAAGUUCCCCCUCAAGAACGUGGACAAGGGGGGCGACCUGCCAUAAGUCAAGAGGCAGGAAAGGAGAGAAAAAAAGGGGAAAAAAAAGAGUCAUUUUCGAAACUGCUUCGCGAUGCAGAUCUGCGUAGUGCUACCCCACUGUGGAGCGUUCUUUUUCGUUUUUAAAUGGGUACACACUUAGUUUGAGGAUUGCUCCCGCUUUCGUUUUUUCCUCCUCCCCAUUGCGUUGCAGCAAAUUUGGACGCCUUUUCUUUUUUUUGUUUUUUGUGUGUGUUUCACUGGCCGUACUGCGGGUUGGCGGCGCGCCAGCG